AUGAAGAGUGCCUUUUUGUAUGGGAAACUUGACAAAGAUAUCUACAUGGAUCAACCACCCGGAAAGCACUUUAUGGACUCAAGAAGGCCCCAUGAGCAUGGUGGAAAAAUUGCUCAAUAUCUAUAUUUGUGUGGAUAUGCUGCAUCACAUUCAGAUCCUAACUUGAAGUUGGGAGAGCUAUAUCAUUUUCUUGGCUUAAAGGUGACAAACACGAGUAAAGGGAUCUUUGUUACCCAGGAAGGGUAUGCCAAGAAGCUUGUUGAUAGGUUUGGGGUGAAACAAAGCAAAAAGUGCUCCACUCCUCUUGAGGCUAGCAUGAGGUUAAAGCGUGAAGAAGGCUCACUUCUUCCAGAUCCUAAGCCUUUUCGAGCGCUUAUUGGAAGUCUCCUAUAUUUGACUAUUACAAGGCAGAUAUUACCUUUUCUGUUGGAUAUGUCAGCACGUUAA